AUGGAUCCAGUCCUGACACCAGAAAUGAUACAUAUCGGACCUCGCCAUUAUAGGAAAAAUGCAUCAAAGCAAUGUUUUGUUCAGUCCUUUCCUACGUCCAUUAGUCAAAUCGAAGAGGUUCCAGAUGUUGAAGAAGUAGAUAUAGAUGAAAAUGAUCCAGAAACUAUGGAAAUAAACAGGAAAAUUAUGGCAGUUGAUAAUGGGUAUACUGCUUCAUUUAAGGUUCCACCGUUAUUUCACAAGUUCAUUGUUGGUGUUCAACACUCAAAAAAAAAACUGUUAGAAGACGAAUUUCGUUGUUACAUUGAUAUCCCGAAUUCUGGUUCUAGUUCUUCAAUGGUCUCUGUUACUGCGACGUCAAGAUUUAACGUUUUAAAUGCAUGUCGUCGUAUUCUCUGGAUAGUGACUGAUGCACGUAAUCGGUGUCAACCAACUCAUUUCAUUUGUUUACCAGUUACUUGUCCAACUGUUAAAGAUAAUUUUCAGACAUUCAAACAGUCUGUUUUACAAGCUGCUAGUGAAUGUCCUCAUGAUUUUAUGGGCGUGGAUAGUUCUAUCUUUCAUUCAGUGUCUACGUUACACUUCACUUUGGUAACUCUUGUGUUGGCUGAUGAAUCCGAAGUUGAAAAAGCAUGUGAAAUAUUAACGACUUUCUACAAAUCUCAAAGAGGUAUUCAGUUGUUUGCAUCUGGUCCUCUCCAACUAACUAUUAAAGACCUUGAAUAUAUGAAUGACGACCCUACUUCUGUACAUGUACUUUAUGCAAAGCUGAUGGAAUCAUCAGAUUCACAAAGACUACAAACAAUUGCUAAUGAACUAUUGGAUCUACUUACUGAACAAAAUCUAACCAGCACUGGGUCAUAUCGUCCGGAUAAUAAUGUAAAAUUACAUAUGACUUUACUUAAUUCUAAGUAUCGUCAGGAAAAAAGCAAUCGUGACGCUUCAUUUCAAGGUUUCUCACCUAAUACUCGUACAUCGUUCAGCAUAACCGGGAUUUUAAAAAUUGCAGGAAAUUUUUACUUUACUGAAAAUCAGUCUUUUCAUCAAAUUUGUUUGUGUGAUCGUUUGUCAUUUGAUUCUUCAACCCAGUUUUAUAAAUGCUGUUGUAAGCUAGAGUUCACUACUGAUGGUAUCCAUUGUUCUCACAUGAAUAAAAUGUGA